UGGUUCCUAUCUUCAGUUGGUGGGAUUAAACCAAAUUAGAAAGUGACAUUAUAUUAAUAAGUUCAGAAAUGAAAUUAAAGUUAAUUUAAUUGCUACCGAUUAUGAUUUAAAUUAAAUUACCAACCGAAGAGUGAACUAAUAUAAUUCUUUGAGCAUUUGCGCGAGCGCUUAGGGAUUGAUCGGUGUAGAUGUGUUGCUAGGCAAUUUUGAGCUAUUUUUAGACAAAUCCAGGUUCAUCUAGUCUUUUAACUCGUUGCAGCCGUCAUUCUAGUGAAAGCAAAGCCAUGGACUUCAAGUAGAACUGUGGUUAAGUGAUACUUAUUUAGUGAUUACGAGAAGUCUUGAAUUUGCUUUUAAAUUAUCAGUUAGUGAAAGGGAAUGAUGGUUAAGGUAAAACCCCUUUUGCUGUAAUACAUCUCAUCUGUCACUCUUCAAUUCAUUAAUCAUGGUUAAAGCCCAUCUAGUUUUUGUCCCUGAUCAGGCCAUAAAAAAGCUUAUUCCACCUAAGCCAAAUGGUCCAACUUGCACUGUUGCUUCUGAACCUGAUAAAAGAUUCAAGCUUGUACAUCCAGUCACUCCUGAUCAAUGUCACACUUUGAAAACCGUGUUAAAACAUCCACUGCUAAUCACAUUUGUAUUAGUUGCAUUUCUGACUACUGCUUUUAUUUUCAUUGAGCCAUUGUGCCAUUGUAUUCAACAUGUAAACUGCAUACUCUUCUCUCAAUUUACAAACAACACGAUAUGCUGUAAUGAAAAACAAACCUAUAUCACAAAUAUUUGGGAAAAUGCAGAAACUUUACCUAUGCCAGAGCAAUGUGCUGUAAUUGAAGACGAGAACCGAAUUGAUUGUCUUGGUCAGGAAUUUGAAAUCCCUGGCUAUGCGUGCAUGUUGAGGGAUUGUUGUUGGUCGUUACCAAAAAAUGGAUCAAUCCGAAUACCACGUUGCUAUUAUCCUGCGAGGUACAGGACCUACAAGAUUACAAAUGUAUCAAGUACUGAUGUUGGGACUGUUGCCUACAUGAAAAUCGUUAAGAACUCCACAUUCUAUCCUAAUAAUGUUCCUAUGGUUAAAAUUGAUUUUGUCUACAGAACAGAAGAUAUUCUUCAGGUUAAGAUAUAUGAUGCUGAUAAAACACGUUUUCAAACUCCAUUUCCUGAACUUCCACCUAUGGGGCCAACGGCAGCAAACAAUACAAAUUAUGUUGUGGAAAUCGAUACAGAGAAGACAGGAUUUAAGAUUUUACGGAAGAGCAAUAAUCAGAUUAUCUUUGAUACUCAAGAUUUUGGUGGAUUUAUUUUCUCUGACCAGCUGUUGGAAAUAUCUGCUCGUUUGCCAUCACAUCACAUCUACGGACUGGGCCAGCAAAGAAAUGAUUUCAAGCUGGACAUGAACUGGAAGAAAAUCACUCUUUUCAACCAUGAUCAGCAUCCAAAAACUGGAACCAACCUGUAUGGCAGCCACCCAUUCUACCUGGCUAUGGAAGAAUCAGGUGACAGCAGUGGAGUGAUGCUUCUCAACAGUAAUGCAAUGGAUAUUGAUUUGACUCCUGCUCCUGGCAUCACGUAUCGUACUAUUGGAGGUCUUCUGGACUUCUACAUCUUUCUGGGCCCUUCACCUUCAGAUGUGAUCAGACAGUUCACUUCACUUGUGGGGCGCCCUUUCCUACCCCCUUACUGGAGCUUGGGCUUCCACCUCUCCAGGUCUGGGUAUAAAACACUCAAUGAGACUAAAAAAGUGUGGCUUCGCACCAGGGAUGCCAAAAUACCUUUUGACACUCAAUGGAAUGAUCGAGAUUACAUGAAAAACAAUAAUGAUUUCACUUAUGACAAUGAAAGUUUCAACGGACUACCAGACUUCGUUGAUAUGCUUCACAAGGAAGGGAUGCACUACAUGGUGAAGAUAGAUCCAGGAAUAGGUACAGGAGAGCUCCCAGGCACGUACCUUCCUUACGAUGAGGGAAUAGCUCAACGUGUCUUCGUCUCAGACAUUUCUGGCUACCGCCCCUUUAUGGGAAAGGUGUGGAACAAGAAAUACACAGUUUAUGUCGACUUCUUCAAGAGAUCUGCUGUGGAUUACUGGUUAACACAGUUACGUCGUCUACAUGAAAUAUUUGCUUUUGAUGGAACUGGGCUUGACAUGAAUGACCCAACCAACUUCCUGAAUGAUUCCGGGAGGAGUUGUCCCAAUGUAUCACUAGAAUACCCCCCAUUCACGCCCGCCAUAGCCGGAUGCUACCUUUCCACACAUACUCUCUGCAUGUCAGCCAAACACCAGAGAGGAAUUGCCCAUUAUAACCUUCACAACGUCUACGCCCUUGCUGAGGCUCUAGUCACCAGCUUUUCAAUGCAGCAGAUACGGAAUAAGAGAGCAUUUGUGGUCUCUAAAUCCUCUUUCCUGGGUCUCGGUCGCUAUGCUGGUGUCUGGACAGGGGACAUAGAAUCUUCUUGGGAAGACAUGGCAUAUUCCGUCAGUGAUAUCCUGAGCUUCAGCUUGUUUGGUAUCCCAAUGGCAGGAGCUGACAUCUGUGGGUACCGUGGCAACACUACAGUUUAUCUCUGUCAACGCUGGAGCCAGUUGGGAGCCUUUUAUCCCUUUUCUCGUAACCACAACUCUAACGAAAGCGUAGUAAGUUUAACUUCUUGCCAAACAUUAUCAAUAUAAGUCGUGUUUUAUUUA